GUGUCUCCGUUCCUUCUGGCGCUGUCGGGAAACAGUCGAGAGUUGCAGCUGGACUGAAGCGUUUGUUUUCUUCACCAUGAUGUCCACGUGGAGCAGAGCGUUCACCAAACCGUGGCUCCGCCUCUCCUCCGUGGUGAUGGCUCCGCCCCUCCGCCGGCUGCUCCACAUCGGCCAGAAAGCGUCUCUCACCAAAGCUUUCUCCUCCCGCGACGUGCAGCUGUUCGCCGAGCUGACCGGCGACACCAACCCGCUCCACCUGGACCCGGUCUACGCCAGAACCACCUCCUUCGAGACGCCCAUCGUGCACGGCGUCCUCAUCAACGGCCUGAUCUCGGCCGUGCUCGGCACCAAGAUGCCCGGCCGCGGCUGCGUCUUCUUGUACCAGGAGAUCCGCUUCCCGGCGCCGCUCUACGUCGGGGAGGAGGUUGUGGCCGAGGCCGAGGUCCGCAAGAUCAAGAUGUCGUUCGCCUUCAUCGCCGUGACGUGUUCGGUCAAAGACAAGGUGGUGAUGGAGGGGGAGGUGAUGGUGAUGAUGCCGGAGGAGCAGCAGAGGCAGUGAAGCUCAUCAGCAGCUCCCAGAUCAUUCUGCUUAUUUACGUGAUGGAACUUGUUUUUUGAAGAAAUGUUUACAGACAAUCAGCGGAUGUUUAUCGCCGAGUUUAAUUUGUUGACUGGAUUUAGUUGAACGUUUGGAAGAUUUGUGUGGAAUAAAGAUGCAAAGUUUGCGUUGGGUUGAUUAAAUA